AUGGCCCGGUCCCUCAGGGUUCAGAAGGCUGGGUCCUCAGGUCGAAGGCCCGGUCCACCAGUUUUCAGAAGGCUUGGUCCUCUGGUUCAGAAGGCUUGGGUCCUCAGGUUCCGAAGCUUGUCCUCAGGGUUCAGAAGGUUUGAGUCCUCAGGGUACAGAAGUGGCCCGUCCUCAGGGUUCAGAAGGCUGGUCCUCAGGGUUCAGAAGGCUGGGUCCUCUGGGUUCAAAAGGCUUGGUCCUCAGGGUUCAGAAGGCUGGGUCCUCAGGGUUCAGAAGGAUCGGUCCUCAGGGUUCAGAAGUCUCGGUCCUCAGGGUUCAGAAGGAUCGGUCCUCAGGGUUCAGAAGGCUCGGUCCUCAGGGUUCAGAAAGCUGGGUCCUCAGGGUUCAGAAGGCUGGGUCCUCAGGGUUCAGAAGGCUGAGUCCUCAGGGUUCAGAAGGCUGGGUCCUCAGGGUUCAGAAGGGUCCUCUGGGUUCAGAAGGCUGGGUCCUCAGGGUUCAGAAGGCUCGGUCCUCAGGGUUCAGAAGGAUCGGUCCUCAGGGUUCAGAAGGCUGGGUCCUCAGGGUUCAGAAGGCUGGGUCCUCAGGGUUCAGAAGGCUCGGUCCUCAGGGUUCAGAAGGCUCGGUCCUCAGGGUUCAGAAGGCUGGGUCUUCAGGGUUCAGAAGGCUGGGUCCUCAAGAUUCAGAAGACUGGGUCCUCGGGAUUCAGAAGGCUGGGUCCUCGGGAUUCAGAAGGCUGGGUCCUCAGGGUUCAGAAGGCUCGGUCCGCAGGGUUCUUAA